UCGAGCGCUGUGCGCCGUUCUGGGAGCCGCUCAACCGGCCCAGCCAGCUUCUUUGCCUGCCCGCGCACCGCGAGCACCGGGCGGCCUGGCUACUGCUGCACGCUGCUGGGUACUGGUUGAUGCCGUGGCCGUCGCGCACCCAGAAGCUGCGGCGCUGGGCAGACUUGCCGCGAACUCGCCGCGCCUCACUGAACGCUGCCUGCGCUGCCGCCUCCGCCGUGUUGGAGUGCUGCUUGUUGGGAAACAGGUGUGGGUCGAGGGUGACCCACCCAGCAGCGUGCAGCAGUAGCCAGGCCGCCCAGUACUCGCGGUUGGCGGCGGCGGCGGCGGUGGAGGAGAAGGCGGCCAAGGCGGCGGCCAAGGCGGCGGCCAAGGCGGCGGCGGAGGAGGAGAAGGCGGCGACGGCGGCCAAGGCGGCGGCCAAGCGAGAGUGGGACAAGGAGCUCUGGGAGCAGAACUGGGCGGCCAAGGCGGCCAAGAUUGAGCGGGACAAGGCGCUGGCGUGGGGAUGAGGAGGGAGGAGGGGCUGUGUCAUGACGUUAUGCAUCUCAGGAGGGGGAAACGGCGAGGCCCUAGGGUUCGUGCCAGGUAGGGGCGGGCACAGGUUACCGGCAGUUAUUCAAGUUCCCAUCGCAUUACCAUAACUGUAGUGUAAAUUGUGGAUGGG